AUGCAGCUGCUUCUCCACCAUGGCCUAUCCACCUGUGCAACAAACUCGAAUGGAAGGACUGCAUUACAUGAAGCUUCAAGCCAAGGAAAUGUCGACGCACUUGAGCUCCUCCUUGCCCAAAAUCAAGAUUUGAUUUCCUGCAAGACGCCGGAAGGCUGGACAGCUCUCCAUUGCGCCAUCGAUCCUUUUUUGCAUUGGAAAGUUGAUAUAGCAGUUGUCCUGCUUGCAAAUGGCGCUGACAUCAACGCAAUUACCAAAGAUGGCCGGACAGUCCUCCAACUAGCAAUCGCGAGGAAUCACUACGACUCGAUUCUCUUCAUAUCAUAUCUCUUAGAUAACGGUGCGGAUAUUACUGCGAUAUACAACGAGGGCAGAGUAGACGAUUCGUACGCAGUCUCUAAGGACCCUGCUUCGAUGGUUUUACAAGAAGCACGAGUAGUAGGACAGGUCGGGGAUUCAUUGCUACAUCUCGCUGUUGACACGCAGCGCAUUAACCUUGAAUCUAUCAAUACAUUACGACUACUGCUAGACCGGGGUCUCGACUUGGAAUCUAGAGAUAUACAAGGGCGGACGCCCGUCCUGAGGCCCGCAGAUUAUGGCAGGGAAUAGCGUUACCAGUAUGUGAUGGAGUUGAUUAAUCGGGGAGCAGAUAUCAAUGCAAAGGAUGACGCGGGGCUGGGACUUGAAGAUCGGGUCAGGAAUAAGGGGUACACAAUCACAAGAGAAGAUGGGAAGGUGGUUGGGUUUAAGAGGAUGCCUGGUGCGGAAUCGGAGAUACGGUCGAUGGAAGGAAGAGGAAGGGGAUGGGGAAGAGGUCGAGGCAGAACAGUAACAACUGAGAAAAUUAUAGGAGGGGGACUGGGUGGCUCUAAGGAGCAGGGAAAGGGGCAUGGAUAUGACCUCCAGGGCUCAUAACUUCUUAGCGAAAGCCAGUUUUGACUCUUAUAAGAGAUACCAUGGCAGGAAAUCACAGUAUUCUGCCCCAGAUUGUGGGAAAUAAUUAUCACUCGAAGUUCUUGCAGUGAUACAGCGCUUUCUGUUCGACACAUAUGAGACUUGACCAGAGCUGGCUCAAAAACAUGGACAGCUAGUCAAGACAUUAGCAGCAGGAUGAGACUUGGAGAAGGAAGGCAUUACUUCAAUGCCGAUGUAUUUACAUCGUAUGAUUGGGUAGAGGACCACCCUUCUAGACCAGGUCGACCGGAAAAUAUUGGACAGGACCUGCAGCUUUCAUUGGAAAAGCUGGCUUUCCUCCAGCAUGGAGGAGUAUUUCCGAAGGUCGCUUAGUUUGAGGGAGGCUAUCGGCUGCAGAAAAAUGUGGCCGAUUCAGGCACAGCAGAACAUCAAAGUCAAAGGAGAAAAAGGCUACUUUGGAACAUAUAGUGAUAAA